UAUAAAUAUUAUUAGAAUUUUACCAAAUGGUGGCUAAUAGUAAGGAGAGCGAAACGCUGACCGGGGCGUCUGCGGUAACUGGACUGCCACAGAAGCGCUUCUACCGCCAGCGCGCACAUUCAAAUCCCAUUGCGGAUCACAGUUUUAAUUAUCCCGCCCGGCCUGAAGAUGUGGACUGGCGCUCGUUAUAUCCGAGCAUGGGCGAUGAUCAACAAGUGCAAUUUGCUGACAUUGGCUGCGGCUAUGGAGGCUUUCUCGUAACUCUCGGCGAAAUGUUUCCCGAAAAGCUGGCUAUCGGCAUGGAGAUUCGAGUGAAGGUCUCUGACUAUGUGAUCGACCGCAUUGCAGCGCUAAGGCUGAAGAAUGCUAACGAAGCGACUACGUACCAAAAUAUUGCUUGCAUACGCACCAAUGCGAUGAAAUAUUUACCUAAUUAUUUUCAAAAAAGUCAACUCGAGAAGAUGUUUUUCCUCUAUCCCGAUCCGCAUUUCAAGCGCGCCAAGCACAAGUGGCGCAUCAUCAAUCAGGCUCUGCUCUCCGAAUAUGCCUAUGUGCUCAGAAAAGGGGGUCUCGUUUAUACAAUGACGGAUGUGGAGGAUUUGCACACAUGGAUAGUCUCGCAUAUGACCCAGCAUCCAUUGUUUGAACGAUUAAGCGACGAGGAAGCCAAUGCGGAUCCUAUAACGCCCAAGCUUUAUCAGAGCAGUGAGGAGGGCGCUAAGGUUGUGCGAAAUAAGGGCGAACAUUUCUUGGCUAUAUUCCGUCGCAUUUAAUUUGACAAAUAUAUACAUACAUAUAUAUUUUAA